GUUUGGAAAUAGGAAAUGGAAAUGAAGCUGGUAGAGAAGGCUCAACAAUUAAAGUCUGAAGUGAAUCAAUCAUGGUUGGGUUCCCUUAUCAACACUAUAGUUGGAAAUUUGAAACUCUCAAUUUCAAAUAUUCAUAUCAGAUACGAGGACAGUGAAAGCAAUCCUGGUCACCCAUUUGCAGCAGGUGUGACCUUGGAGAAACUCUUAGCUGUGACAGUUGAUGACAAUGGGAAUGAGACUUUUAUUACUGGUGGUUCACUAGACCGUAUACAAAAGGUUCAUAAUUUUUUUCCUUAUAGGGUGUCGAUUGAUAUGAAUGCAAUCAAGUUUAAGUUUUAUUCUCUUUAUUGUCAAACAACACACUUAUAUUCUGGAACCAAUUAUAGGAAAUGCAAAGUAUACAAAGCUAAGGGAAAAUGA